GUCACUUCCUCUGAUGAGAACGUUUCGACGUUGGAUUCGCAUUCGCCUCGGGACAGGCGGAACCGAAUCAAGGAAUUUCGAGCCGCCGACGCGUUCAGGAGGCUUUGGAGCACUAGAACAUUUUGGUGUCGUGGAACAGGACGAUUUCCUGGAAUUUGCAGAACGAGCUUGUUCGACGCAGUUGGGCCACUUGCUUGGCCCGACAUGUUCGCAGGCGGCGAUAUUUCACUGGGCAAUACUGGCGGUGGUGGUGGUGGUGGUACUAUAAGGUUAGGUGGUGGAGGUGGAAUUAACGGUGCUCCGAAAUUCGGUAAAGGGUGUACAGGAAUAGGCGUCGCCCAGUUCAUCGGAUACAUUCAGCUGAUCUGGGAAGGGAGGUGGUGGGAAGGCAUAUGACCACUGGGGAGUUGCUUGAUUUGGUGGUAUUCCAGAAAAAUUGGUAGGAUACUGCGUCGUAGAGACGAAUCCGCUAUUAUUCGGAGGGAGACCUUGGCUGGACGGUGGAUUAAUAUUUUCCCCAGACUGAUAGCCUGCUCUUGACUUCGGUUGUCGCACAGGAUCAUCUUGACCACGCCUAUAGGCAGGUAGAUCUUCCUCCUCAUCGGAUUCCUGGCGAGGAGUUCGACACGUUCCAUCUUCAUAUUGAGAAGGUGACCUCAUUGGUGUAUGUCCAGCAUACCUUAUGCACCAAAACUUUUCACUGGUUAACGUGGGAGAGAGAACUGAAACGAACGAUGACAAUGCUAACUGAACGGCCAUUGUCCCCGUGGGAGUGAGAUGAUGGAGCAGUCUGAAGCAUCACGUUGUCGAUUAGUUGUCACUCACGAACACACGAAAAUUGAGUAG